AUGGCUGAUCUCCCUUGCAGGAAGUUCGGAAAGCAGAUUCAGCGCCGGCAGCUUGAUCUCCCCGAAUAUGCGGCGAGCUUUGUGAACUACAAGGCCCUGAAGAAGCUCAUCAAGCAACUCAGUGCUACCCCGACAAUCCCCGCGCAGAGGACCGCCGAGGAAAUUGCCCAAGAUGGCACCUUGGAUCCUCAGGCUGCGCUCCGCGCCAACAAGGAGGUCUUUUUCUUCCGUUUGGAACGUGAAAUUGAAAAGGUCAAUGCUUUUUAUCUCCAGAAGGAAUCAGAGUUCUCUCUGCGCCUCAAAACCCUAGUCGAUAAGAAGCGCGUAGUCCAGACGCGCACCGUUUCCAACUCCAAGGCUCCGUCAAAUUUCGUGGCGCUCUUUGAAGGGUUUCAGCAAUUCGACGGCGAUUUGAAUAAACUGCAACAAUUCGUUGAAAUCAACGAAACCGCCGUGUCCAAAAUUCUGAAGAAGUGGGAUAAAACGUCCAAGUCCCGCAUGAAAGAGCUGUAUCUACACCGUGCAGUGGAGGUACAACCGUGUUUCAACAGAGAAGUCCUCCGCGAUCUAUCAGACCGAGCGACCACCGCGAGGUUAGAGUUGGAGGCGUGGGCCGAAGGAGAGAACUUGCAGUUUGAUCCAACCCGGCCCUCCGAGCGCCCGGCGCUUACUUUCGGGUCGGAGGAAGAGGAGCUGGACCAGCAGGUCUUGCAGUCGGCCUCGACUGGUAACCUCCAGACCCUGCGCGAGUGGCUCGGAAAGCUCUCUUCAUUCGCCGACGCUCGCGAUCGAGCCACACGGACCUUCCUCACUGCGAUCAACGGGUUCUCGGACGAAGUCCUCGCUCUGCUGCUCGAAAGCGGACUGGUUGAUAUCCAUUCCGAGGACGAUAUCAACGAGCGGAACUGCUUGCAUGAGGCGGCUAUUUCUGGCCGAGACUUCGUUUUCAAGGCUGGCCUGGCGGCAUCGGUCGACAUUGCUCGUUCCGAUGUCUACGGUCGAAUCCCCCUUCACUACGCGUGCAGGAAUGGCAGAGCAGAGAUGGUGCGGGAGCUGCUGGCAGUGGGUCCGCAUACGGUCGAUCUCAUGGAUCAUGACAACUUCACUCCCUUGAUCCACAGUAUCGUCAAGGGCCAGCUGGCGUGUGCCGAACAGGUGCUCAAAAGCAAUGCUCGCAUUGAUCCUACGUCUGAUUCGGACCACAUCCCGCUGAACCUGGCUUGCCAACACGGCUCCCUUCCGAUCGUGAAGAUGCUUCUUGAGCGAAAAGCCAAGCUGUUGCCCGAUGCAGAAGGCCUGUACCCUCAACAUAUGGUGGCACGAGCCUCGCAAUCCCCCGAGCUACUCCUCUUGCUCAAGCAGCAUGGAGCGGAUCUCGACCAACGAGACAAGCUCUACCAGUGGACUCCACUCUUCCAUGCUGCAAGCGAAGGCUGUGUACCAUGCUUGCGUACGCUGCUGGAACUCGGCGUGGAUGCAAAGGUUGCUGACGAAAAAGGCCUUUCAGCUAUGUACUACGCUGCAUGGGAGGGCCACCUGGAGUGCAUGCUCCUGUUGUGGGCUCAGCCUUCGGCGGAUCGGGCGGGGGCGCGGCCACUCGAUGUUCUGAAUGGUCUGCAGUUCCAAGAUCCCAUGGUGGAAGACGGCCCCUCAAGACGUGCCAGCGAAGCCGAGAUGGAAAUUGCCGAUGGUAUUCCUGACCUUGAACUUCCGCCUCCCAUCAUUCCUCUCCGCCGCUAUGGCCACAACUUCUUGGACAAGAAGGUCUUCGUACAGCUUCUCUUCGAUCAGGGAACACCCGGAUCCAUCGCUUUCGACCAGUCAGGACGCCAUCCUGCUGCCCGCUUGACAAUUUCUUCCAAACUCUCCGAUCUCAUCCCUCGCACAAUUGUACUACCCAUCCAAGAAGACUCUCGGACAAUAUCCUUCCACGUCGACAAGCUGGAUACUUUUGCCGUGGACUUUGAGAUUUUCCCCACCUUUGGCUCUAAAGUGAUUGCAAAGAGUGUGGCUCUGCCGAUCAACUUCCGGGCAGAGACCUCCAGCACCGGCUCUUGCUGCCUGCCACUCUUCGAUCCGCGUCUCCGAAGUAUUGGUCAGCUUCGUUUCAACUUCCAGGUCAUCAAGCCGUACCACGGCGAUCCCUUAGAGAUUACUCAAUUCGCGACUUACUGGAAGGCUACAAGCUCCGUGGAUUCCGAACACAAUGGUCUGAUCACUGGGUCAAGUUUGUCGGGCGACUAUGUCCAGCUCUUUAUUCAAUUGACCCGUGACCGAGUGCCGGUCCUUCACCCUCAAUUCAUGAUCAACCACUACGGCAUCGAAAUCCCCAUCUGCCAAUUGACGUUUGCUCAAUUCCAGAUGAUCGGCAAAGAAAGAGGCGUCAACUCCAACGAUAUUGUCCAGUACUUGCAGACCCAGGCCGCGAACAACAUGCCACAAGCCCAUCUGAUCCUGGCUGAAUCCUUUAUGUCAUUGCGUGACGUCCUGCGGGAGCUGCCCGUCGACCUCAAUGUCAACCUCUCCAUUCUCUACCCGUCUGCCGCAGAGGAAAAAGCUCUGGAGAUGACCUCUCUAACCGACGUCAAUACUUUCGCCGACUCUAUCUUGACGGAUGUCUUUGAUCAUGCGCGCGUGGCUCGUGAGAAGAACCCCGACUUUAUGCGUUCUGUCGUUUUUACCUCCUACAACCCCAACAUUUGCACUGCAUUGAAUUGGAAGCAGCCAAAUUACCCGGUUCUCUUGUGUAACGAUCUUGGACAAAUUAGAGAUUUGGCUCGCAAUGUCGACUCAAUGCCUCACGUUGACAGCAGCGGAAGAGCCUCAAUGUCCAUCAAGGAGUCCGCCCGAAUUGCCCAGAGCAACAACUUCAUGGGCUUGAUCUGCCGGUCCAGCCUUCUGAACGUCGUCCCUGCCCUCGUGGAAACAAUCAAAGAACUCGGCCUUGUCCUGGUAGCCGACACCUCCGACGAAACCGGACAUCCAGAUGGCGACGCCCUCCCCGCCGCAAACUCAAUGGGCGUAGCGGACUGGGCAUACCGCAUGCCAGACGGCGUAAACGGCGUGAUGAAAGCCAACGGUAUUUUGAGAUUCAACGAUAUGAUCGACAUGUAA